AAACCCACGAAGAAGAGGAAAUCGAAAGUAACUCAUUCCACAGAGAUACUGAUUUGAUCCACGCGAUUUUCCAGAAAACGUGUUUAAAGAUGUCAGUUUAGCACAAUACCAACCAAAUUUAACUCUCGCGGUCAUUUCUGUGUAUUUAAUCCAUAAUCAUCGAUACCAGGAAGAGAUUUUGAGAAUAACGCGCUGACAGGAAACAAACACAGGAAGUGAAAUGAAGAAUCUUCCAUAAAUUACCAUCUUUUGAAGGCCACUGAUGAUAAAACAUGAAGAUUAUGGAGAAAUGUUACUGAAAACGAGUUGAGUGAUUGAUUGAUUGAUCUGUGUUCAGUGUCAGUUUAUCUGAGCGAGGAAAGGACUCUCUCUCUAAGAUGAGUCUCUCAGAGAAACACAGUGUGAGAUCAGACUCACAUGUGUCCAGCUCUGUGUCUCUGAAGAGUGAUCAGUCAAAAGAUUAUCCACCAGACUUCAGUGAGAGAAAACCAUCAUCUGAUAAAAGUGUAAGAUCAGACUCACAUGUAUCCAGCUCUAUGUCUCUGAAGAGUGAUCAGUCAAAAGAUGAUCCACUAAACUUCAGUGAGAGAAAAUCUGAUAAAAGUCUUCAGUAUGAGACAUUAGACUCAGAUGUUCAGACUCACAGGAAACACGAGAGUUUCAAAGACAAUCUCCUGUGGAUCUUCCAAGAUCUUGAGAGCAAAUUAAUCACAUUUCUGAAGAAAGAGCUGGAAAAGUUUAAGAAAAUAUUACAAAAUGAGAACACAGAAUUCUUUGUGAAGGACUUUAAUGAGAAUAGAUGCAGUACCAAAGCAGCAGCUCUUGAUCUCACACUACAUUACCUGAGAGAGAUGAAGCAAGAUGAAGCUGCUGAUGCUCUAGAAGAUGAGCUGCUCUUCAUUCAUCAGCUCAAAUGUGGCCUAAAGAAGAAGUAUCAAUGUGUGUUUGAAGGAAUUGCGAAGCAAGGUGACUCCACACUUCUGAAUAACAUCUACACAGAUCUCUAUAUCACUCAGGGUGGCAGUGAACAGGUCAAUACUGAACAUGAGGUCAGACAGAUUGAAGUUGCUUCCAGGCAUCAUGAAUCUCAAGAGAUACAGGUUGAAUGCAGAAAUUUGUUUGAAGCUCCUGAACAAGACAAGGACAUCCGAACUGUACUGACAAAAGGAGUCGCUGGCAUCGGAAAAUCAGUCUCUGUGCAAAAGUUUGUUCUGGACUGGGCUGAAGGGAAACAAAAUCAAGAUAUCAGCUUCAUAUUUCCUCUUCCAUUCAGAGAGAUGAACUUAAAGGAGAAAGAAAAACUAAGUUUGAUGGACCUUAUAACUCAUUUUUUCCCAGAGACAAAAGGACUGAACCUUACAAGAAGGAAUCAGUUCAAAGUCCUGUUCAUCCUUGAUGGAUUGGACGAAUGUCGCCUUCCUCUGAAGUUUGAUCGUAAUGAGACGUGGCAUGAUGUAUCGUCACCAGCCUCUCUGGAUGUUCUCCUAACGAACCUCAUGAAGGGAAAUCUGCUUCCUUCUGCUCUCAUCUGGAUCACCACCAGACCAGCAGCUGCCAGUAAGAUUCCUCCUGACUGUAUCGACCGGCUGACAGAGAUACGAGGAUUCAAUGAUGCACAAAAGGAAGAGUACUUCAAAAAAAGAUUCACUGAUCAGAAUCAGGCCAACACAAUCAUUGAUCAUGUUAAAAAAUCAAAGAGUCUCUUCAUCAUGUGCCACAUCCCAGUCUUCUGCUGGAUUUCAGCCACUGUUCUCCAGAACAUUCUGGAGGAGAAAAGAAAUAAUGAUGUGAAAAUCAAUCAGGCUGAUGAGAUCUCUAAAACACAGCAGGAAUCAAAUACUGAAGACACUCCCAAGACUCUGACACAAAUGUACACACACUUUCUCCGCUUUCAGAUCCAGCAGAGCCGCCGAAAGUAUGAUGGAGAAUAUGCAGCAGAUGUUUCCUGGGAUAAAGAUGCCAUCCUUUCACUGGGGAAACUGGCAUUUCAUCAACUGGAAAGAAACAACGUGAUCUUCUAUAACUCAGACCUGGAAGCCUGUGGUAUUGACGUCUAUAAGGCAUCAGUGUACUCAGGCAUGUGUACCCAGAUCUUUAAGGAGGAAACAGGGAUCACUCUUGGCACCAUGUACUGCUUUGUUCACUUAAGCAUUCAAGAGUUUAUUGCAGCCCUUUAUGCACAUCUGUUUCUAGACAUCAACAAGAAAAGUGUGUUUGUUCAUGAGUCUACAGAACAGGAAAACAAAAAUGAAACCUUGAUUGAUUUUCUCAAGACUGCAGUGGACAAGGCGCUUGAGAGUGACAGUGGACACCUGGACCUUUUCCUUCGCUUCCUCCUCGGUCUGUCACUCCAGUCCAAUCGACGGCUCUUACGGGGUCUGUUAUCACAGCAAGAUGACAAUGAACAGAGCAACAAGAGAAUAGUUCAGUACAUCAAGCAGAAAUUAGAAGAUAAUCUGCCUGCAGAGAGAUCCAUCAAUCUGUUCUACUGUCUGAAUGAACUGAACGACCAAACUCUGGUGAAGGAGAUCCAGACCCAGCUUAACAAACAAAGUCUCUCAUCUGGUGACCUUUCACCUGCCCAGUGGUCUGCUUUGGUCUUUGUGUUGUUGACAUCAGAGGAAGAUCUGGAGGAGUUUGAGCUUCAGAAAUUCAAGAAAUCAGACGAGUGUGUCAUUAGAUUAUCGGCGGUCAUCAAAACCUCCAGAAGAGCUCUGUUAGAUGGUUGUAAUUUAACAGACAAAAGCUGUUCAGCUCUGGCUGCAGUUCUUGGAUCAGAUACCAAUCUGAAAGAGCUGAACAUGAACAAUAAUAAUCUGCACGAUUCAGGACUGAAGCUGCUUUGUGGUGGACUGAAGAAUAUAAAGUGUAGAUUGGAGAUACUGAGAUGCUGUGGAUGCAGUAUUACAGAGAAACAGUGUCUCAUCCUGACUUCAGCUCUGAAAUCAAACCCGUCACACCUGAGAGAGCUGAACCUGAGCUGGAAUAAACUAGAAAACACAGGAGUGAAGCACUUAUGUGACGUACUGAAGGAUUCACACGGUAAACUGGAGAGAUUGAGACUCUCUAACUGCAGUGUAACAGAAGAAGGUUAUAAAGCUCUGGCUUCAGCUCUGAGAUCAAACCCUUCACACCUGAUAGAGCUGGAUCUCACAGGAAAUGACCCUGGAGAAUCAGGAGUGAAGGAGCUCGAUGAUUUACUACAGGAUCCAAACUGUCAACUGAAGACACUGAGGUUUGUGAGUCCUGCUGCAGAUGAAGCCUGUCAGUAUGUGAGAGGAAUUGUGGGUAAAAACCCGUUACUCCUGAGAGAGCUGAAUCUGAGUGAACAUGAACUAGGAGACACACGAGUGAAUCAGAUGGCUGAACUACUGAAGGAUAAACACUGUCGACUCAACACGCUGACUCUGAAUAGAUGCAGUAUUACAGAGAAACAGUGUCUCAUCCUGACUUCAGCUCUGAAAUCAAACCCGUCACACCUGAGAGAGCUGAACCUGAGCUGGAAUAAACUAGAAAACACAGGAGUGAAGCACUUAUGUGACGUACUGAAGGAUUCACACGGUAAACUGGAGAGAUUGAGACUCUCUAACUGCAGUGUAACAGAAGAAGGUUAUAAAGCUCUGGCUUCAGCUCUGAGAUCAAACCCUUCACACCUGAUAGAGCUGGAUCUCACAGGAAAUGACCCUGGAGAAUCAGGAGUGAAGGAGCUCGAUGAUUUACUACAGGAUCCAAACUGUCAACUGAAGACACUGAGGUUUGUGAGUCCUGCUGCAGAUGAAGCCUGUCAGUAUGUGAGUGGAAUUGUGGGUAAAAACCCGUUACUCCUGAGAGAGCUGAAUCUGAGUGAACAUGAACUAGGAGACACACGAGUGAAUCAGAUGGCUGAACUACUGCAGGAUAAACACUGUCGACUCAACACGCUGACUCUGAAUAGAUGCAGUAUUACAGAGAAACAGUGUCUCAUCCUGACUUCAGCUCUGAAAUCAAACCCGUCACACCUGAGAGAGCUGAACCUGAGCUGGAAUAAACUAGAAAACACAGGAGUGAAGCACUUAUGUGACGUACUGAAGGAUUCACACGGUAAAAUGGAGAGAUUGAGACUCUCUAACUGCAGUGUAACAGAAGAAGGUUAUAAAGCUUUGGCUUCAGCUCUGAGAUCAAACCCUUCACACCUAAUAGAGCUGGAUCUCACAGGAAAUGAUCCUGGAGAAUCAGGAGUGAAGGAGCUCAAUGAUUUACUACAGAAUCCAAACUGUCAACUGAAGACACUGAGGUUUGUGAGUCCUGCUGCAGAUGAAGCCUGUCAGUAUGUGAGAGGAAUUGUGGGUAAAAACCCGUUACUCCUGAGAGAGCUGAAUCUGAGUGAACAUGAACUAGGAGACACACAAGUGAAUCAGAUGGCUGAACUACUGCAGGAUAAACACUGUCGACUCAACACGCUGACUCUGAAUAGAUGCAGUAUUACAGAGAAACAGUGUCUCAUCCUGACUUCAGCUCUGAAAUUAAACCCAUCACACCUGAGAGAGCUGGACCUCAGUAGGAAUAAAAUAGAAAACAAAGGAAUGAAUCACUUAUGUGAUGUACUGAAGGAUUCACACUGUAACCUGGAGAGAUUGAGGUUAAUACGCUGUGAUAUGACAGAUGAAGGUUGUUCUGAUGUGACUUCAGCUCUAAAAUUAAACUCAUCACACCUGAGAGAGCUGGACCUCACAUGGAAUAAACUAGGAAACUCUGCAGUGAAAAACCUCAGUGAUCUACUUAUGGACCCACAAUGCAAGCUGGAAAAACUAAAUCUGUGUGAAUGCAGUAUUACAGAGAAACAGUGUGUCAUCCUGACUUCAGCUCUGAAAUCAAACCCAUCACACCUGAGAGAGCUGGACCUGAGCAGGAAUAAACUAGGAGAUUCUGGAUUGAAAAACCUCAGUGAUCUACUGAUGAACCCACAAUGCAAGCUGGAAAAACUACCUCUGUGUCAAUGUAGUAUUACAGAGAAACAGUGUCUCAUCCUGGCUUCAGCUUUGAAAUCAAACCCGUCACACCUGAGAGAGCUGGACCUCAGUGAGAAUCAAAUAACAAACACAGGAUUGAAGCACAUAUGUGACAUACUGAAGGAUUCACACUGUAAACUAGAAAGAUUAAGCCUAAUGAACUGUGGCAUUUCAGAUGUUUCUUCUUUAACUGAGUCUUUGACAAACACAAAAGCACUGCAGUUCUUAAAAGAGCUUAAUCUUAUAAACAAUAAAAUAAGAGACUCAAAGCAGCUCAGAGAUGUGAUACAAGACUCAAACUGUAAACUGAGAGAUGAUAGAGAACAAUCACCAGAUGUCUAUGAUAGAGAUCAGUCCCCAAAACACUCUGAUGGUUGCUUUAUAUCAUAGUUUGAAAGCAUCAUGAGAGGAGCAGUGAUUAUCCAGUAAUCCACAGAAGGGCUUGUGUCUAUGAGGAGAAAUAAAUGUGUGAUAAAUGUGAAUUUAUACACAAUAAUGUAUACAUGUGUUUUACACUUAUUAUUAUUAUUAUUAUUAUUAUUUGAACAUUAAGGGAACAUUCCAUUUUUAUAAUUUUGGUAAUGUUACAUUCAAUAACAUUAUGGGAAUGUUGAAUGUUUGAAUGCUCUCUGAAUAUUCUAAAACAUGAAACAUUUAAUCCUUAAGGGU